AAGUUCAAGUUUAUUAUUAUUGUUUCAUUACGUACGAUGUGAUGAUUAGUUUACGCUUGUCUCGCAGAUUGUUUUGACAUUGCAAUAUUUUCCGGAUAAAUUUUUAAAGUAACGCUGUGGCAACUUCUAUAUCACAAUACAUCUUGCUUAUCGUACUCUUCUUUUCCACCAUUUUUAUAUUAAUGUUGCUGAGAAUAUACUGGCGGGGCACUAUCUGAGUAGCUUCGAGCGUUAAAACCUUUGAAAAGGAUCUCAAUGGUAUUCAAAUCAUUUCAAAGGAGAUUACAUCUUGUUAGUUUGUAAAAGGAUGCAACAUCAUAUGACUGACACACGGCGGUAUUACGUGAAAUUUUCCCUCUUCAGAGAAAACAACCGUGAAAUUGAAGUUUAUAUUUCAUACCGUUCUUCCUUGUGAGAGCAAAAAGGAUUCAGCGACCUUCGUAGCCAGAUAAUUAAAUGACUUCCUUCUAAUAACAAACCAUUAUUUUAAUCUCAACGCAUUGGACACAAUUGCAAUUUUCUAGCAGUCAUCGGUGAAACUGCACGAAUUAUCCCUUUAUCGAUAUUCUGUUAUUUCAGUUGUGUGUAAAACCUAGUCCGCUUCCGCGGCUAGCAAAGUGACUAGAUAAAGACGAAGGGAGAAAAAGCAACUGGCAAAACAACUUUACAUAAUCACAGAUCACGAGACACUGUAGUAUCUCGCGCCAAGAGUAAGCGCAGUUAGAACCGCGAGCGCUAGUAUCGCUUUACGUAAAUACUUGUUUGGAGAGCGAUCUAUUUUUACUUAGUUCUAAUACGUUUAUCUCAGCUGCGUUGUCGAUCAACGCCAGCUAAUCUCGUAGCGGCAUUCUCGAUUGAACGUUCGUAGUGUGUGCAUUUCAUAUUUAAACUUAGAAAAAUUUAUUUGAAAGCGAUAGCGGACGAAACUGUAUCUUGGCCUAGAUAAGUGUGCAAACAGCGUAGAUAAGUGAACAGUUGCGUCAUUUUUUACCACGACCUAAAUAGUUAUUGGUGCCAUAAUGAAGAUUAAUAAUUACGACGGGCCAGAUACCAAAUUCAGGUUGUAUCUCAGGCAACUGCUAACAGCUCUGGGACCGUUAAUGGGAGUCUCCGUGUCCGGCAUGUCAAACGGUUACAGCGCGAUUCUUCUCCCGCAGCUGAAGACACUCUCGACCAACGACAGUGGGUCUUUAUUCGAAUCUGCGGGCGCGGAUCACUUCGGGGUGCUCAGCAUCGGCCAGGAGUCGUGGAUCGCGGCAGCUGUGAUUCUACCAGUAGCUCCGGGAUGUUGGACCGGUGGUUUCAUGGCGGGGAAACUCGGCAGAAGGACAGCGUUGUUACUACUAUUUCCUGCCUAUCUUAUCGGCUGGUUGAUUAUCGGCCUGGCCGACAGCAUGGAGGUUUUGAUAGCGGGCAGACUCCUCACUGGGUACUGCGCCGGACUCUUGGCGCCCAUAUAUCCGAUCUACGUGGGCGAAACGAGCGAUCCUCUGUUACGUGGCGUUCUGCUGGGGGCAGUCAGCCUGACCCUCUCGGUCGGUAUAUUAGCGUGUCACGCGAUGGGAACCUGGCUACAUUGGCGAACCACCGCGUACAUUUGUGGCGUGUUACCCGUAAUCUGUUGGAUCGUCUGCAUCUAUUCGCAAGAGAGUCCAUUGUGGCUACUCGGUAAAGGCAAGAUCGAGGAGGCGAGGCGCUCCUGGAUAUUCCUGCGUGGCGAAGAGUCGCUCGAGGAAUUCUCCCAGCUGGAAAUCGACAAGCUCGCGGAGGAGUCAAGAAAGAAGAUCGAGAAACGGUCGUUGCUGCGUUCGUUCAGGAGUACGUGGUCCUCGCGACACUUCCUGAGGCCUCUCGGCGUCGUCGGUCUGUACUUUUUCGUCAUGCAAUUCUCGGGGACUAACGUGAUGACUUUCUACUGUGUCGAGAUGCUGGCGGACGUCUCGGGCCCGGCGUAUGCGUAUCUGAUAACGCUGGUCGUCGACACGAUUCGCCUGACGUUCUCCGUUCUCGUGUGCGUUCUUCUGAAAACAUGCCGCAGGCGCACCAUGACGUUUAUAUCCGGCUUCGGCGCAGCUAUCACCAUGCUAUCUUUAAGCGCGUGUUUGACAUUUGACUUUGGAAGACCAUGGAGCCCCAUGAUUCUACUUAUUACUUACGUCGGUCUGCUGCCAUUGGGACUGAUGCCUUUACCCUGGAUGCUUUGCGGUGAACUGUUCCCGAGAAAACACCGUGCGCUUGGUUCCGGAUUAACGUCCGGCUUCGGUUUUAUGUGCUACUUCGUGGUGAUCAAGACGAUGCCGCUUAUGAUGGAAUUUGUAAAGCCCGAGGGUACGUUCGCCGUUUACGGUUCCGUGGCAUUGCUCGGGACUAGUGUUUUGUACUUCGUACUUCCUGAAACCAAAAAUAAAACCUUGCACGAGAUUCAGACGUCUUUCGACAAAAAGUCUCACCCCGAAAGAGUGGACGUGCCAUUCCACGAGUGCGUCUCUUCUGAGAAAAGCAACGAAUUAGAUGAGAAAACACCACUCGACGAAUGAUGAUCAUUUAAGGGGUCAUUCCACUUUGACGGCCCAAAAACUAUGCUUAUUUUUAACAAUUUUUUUAACAGUGAA